GUUGCCGCCCCCGAUGCAAGCUCUUUCAAUACCUCUGAUCGCCUCGAAGCAUUGGAGAUGGACGUCGGCUCCCUCAAAGACGGCGUGCAGUUACAGCAAACCGCAACGCAACAGUUGCAACAUCGGAUCUGUACUACCGCCAAUAUCUCAAGUUCGGAACCGCUCGAAACAACUUCAAAGUUUGACGGGCAGGAGAUCUUCUGCGACUCGACGAAGACAAAUCCGGUUCCAUGGUUCCGCAAGUUCGAGCUCACGCUGCAGCUACACAACGUCAAAGAACACAAGCACCAUGCAUACUUGUACUCUCGCUCAGGGGGCGCGUGCCAGACUUGGUUGGACAACCUCUUUACAAUGUCCAAGUACGGAGUGGUAGCUAACGACUUGCACACCAAGAUCAGUUGGGAUGAUCUGAAGGCGUCGUGGCACAAGCGGUUCCAAGUUGAGCCGCCCGAGAUCAAGGCUAUGGACAAGCUCAUGGUCUUCGAGCAAGGCACGCUGCCGAGUACCAACUGGAUCGCCGAGUACCAACGCUUGACAUCAGUCCCAGACAUCCAGACGGGCUUCAAAGCCAUCCACCACUACUUUAUCUCAAGGUCCUGUCCGACAUUAAGUAAUGCCCUGACUCACGUCGAGGACACCUUGACGACGACGGCGGAACUUUUCGACAAGGCCACGCAGAUCAUCAUUACGAACAAGGAGGCGAAUAAUUUGCGUUCGUCUGCGGCAGGCCCGAGCAGGGACCAACAUCGGCCAAGAGUGGCCGUGGUCGCAGCGGCAAUGCCGUUGGACCAAACCAGCGAGGUCGUGUCUGCCCAUGAAGGAGACAAACUUGCAGCCGACCGGGAAGACACUGGUCUUCCCAUUGAAAGGCAAGGGCAAACAGGGAAACUGAGCACCGCCAAGAGUGACUCGACAACACUCUCGGCGCCUCCGGAACCGGUUUCUUCGCGAGUAACCGGCCUUCAUUCCAAGGCGCAUGCGGAAGUCGAUGGUCCUCCUCUUCUACUCUCUUUUGAGGACUAUGCUGCCCGGCUCGUUCCUACGCUGGGUACUCAAGCUCAAGGACAAGAAGUGUGUGAGGUUUCUUCUCCGUUCGGCAGCGGCGACAUAUCGUCUUCAAGUGGCUCCUCACGGGAAUCGCCGCGCGAGUUCAACAUAGAGGUAUUGGACCCGCUCACGUCUGAGGACUUUGCAUGGCUUCCUCUCCCGACCACGGGCCGCUUGUCGGGACCGCAAUGCGCAGCACUAUGCGCUCAUCUCCACACUUACUUAUCCUUCUAUGCACCACCAACUUCGUCGACGGAUGACGAAGUCGCGGUGGGGUACAUCCUUGCGUAUACUACCAAGGUGGCCCGCGAAUUUUGCAUGCAGCGGUACGAUGACAACAACGCACCGCUCAUGUAUGUCCGCAUUCAAGCUGGGCAAGCGCCCUGCAGCGCUUUGCUGGACAGCGGCGCGUCUCGCAAUUUCAUCAGGCAAUCCUUUAUGCAAAGGGCUGGCCUUGGCGCACAAGUUCGGAGGAAGGCAAACCCGAUGGCGAUCAAGUUGGCGGAUGGGAAAACGCAGCAACUUCUCGACCGUUACAUCGAGGCCGUACCGGUCUAUUUCGUGCCUCAUGCAUGCGAACCGGUGACAUUCGAUAUUCUCGACACGAAUUUCGACAUCAUUCUGGGAAUGCCUUGGCUUGCAAGUGCGGAUCACACGGUCAUUCCACCGGCGGACUCUUGGCGUUCGCGACGCCUUCGGCGCGGAAGUGGCGUGUACUCUACCGCACCCUUCGAUUCGGUGCCAAGUGGUGACGGCCAAAUCAUUCCGAGCGACUUGCGCUUACGAGCAGCCCAAGGAAAUCGACCUAUGUUUCCUACGGACCGUCGCAGUAGCCGACGCUUCACCCACGGACUUGUCUUCGGACCCUGGGGUGAUGCGGUUGCUGGACGAGUUCGCCGACAUCUUCGAGUYACCUACCGUGUGGUGCCGGAUCGGCCGAUCUCUCACGAGAUCAUUCUUGAGGCCGGUGCCGUGCCGCCGAAAGGUUGCAUCUAUCGGAUGAGCGAGGAGGAGUUUGAGGUCCUCCGCGCACAACUCGACGAUUUGUUGGCCAAGGGCUGGAUCCGCCCUAGCAGCUCCCCAUAUGGAGCACCAUUUCUCUUCGUCCGGAAGAAGAACAAGGAUCUACGAUUGUGUAUCGACUACCGCAAGCUCAACGCGCAAACCGUCAAGAAUGCUGGGCCUCUUCCUCGCCUUGACGAUCUUCUUGAGCGAUUGGGCGGCGCAAAGUAUUUUUCUAAGUUGGAUUUGAAAUCAGGAUAUCAUCAAAUCUCGAUCCGGCCGAACGAUCGCUACAAAUCCGCGUUCAAGACGAGGUACGGGCAUUUUGAGUGGGUGGUCAUGCCUUUUGGCCUCACCAACGCCCCGACGACCUUUCAAGCGGCAAUGACCAAUGAGUUUCGUGCAAUGUUGGACCGGUUCGUGUUGGUCUACUUAGACGAUAUUCUCUAUUUCAGCAAGAAAGUGCUCGUCGUGCAUUCCAUUGACGAUGCACGCAAGAAGGAGCUUCUUGCCUUCGUCCACACGCUCAAGCGGUGGCGGCACUUCCUCCGUAGUCGAAGCCAAUUCCGAUGGGUAACGGACAACAAUCCGUUGGUCUUUUACAAGACCCAAGACACCGUCAACAGCACCAUCGCUCGAUGGAUGGCUUUCAUCGACCAGUUCGACUUCUUUCCCGAUCACAUUCCCGGGAAGUCGAACCGUUUUGCGGAUGCUCUUUCACGGCGUCCGGAUCUUUGUACCGCGGUCUACUCAACCUUCGAGAUCGACGAUGACCUACGGAACAGCUUCAUCCGCGGCUACCAAGCCGACCCCGAGUUUCGCGACAAGUACGUGAAUUGCUCUCCUAAUCCGGCGCAUUCUCACUACCGGAUCCAAGAGGGGUACUUGCUUGUCCACACGUGGGGAAAGGACCUUCUUUGCGUACCGAGUGACCCUCACUUGCGUACACGGCUUCUUGGCGAGUUCCAUGAUGCUCUCGCCAACGGACAUUUUGGAGUCAAUCGCACGAUUGGCCGACUUUGCCAGCGAUUUUGGUGGCCCGGCCUUCUCGGCGACGUCACGCGCUAUUGCCAGUCAUGCGAGGUUUGCCGACGCUGCAAAUCCCGCAACCAUCGUCCGUACGGCGAGUUACGACCAUUACCGGUCCCGUUGAGGCGAAGGGAAGCGAUUGCCAUGGACAUUACCGGCCCGUUCCCCAAGCACAAGACCGGAGUGGAUGGGAUUCUCACGGUGGUCGACCGACUCACCAAGUUCGCCAUGUUCUUGCCUUGUCGCUAUCAUGCCAAGGCACCGGAGUUGGCCGAGGUUUUUUACGCCGGUUGGAUUCGAACCAAGGGUUACCCCAAGGAGAUCGUCUGCGACCGCGACACCCGGUUCAUGUCCGACUUUUGGUUGGCGCUCGUCAAGCGAUGGGGCUCAUCUCUCAAGCCCUGUUCAACUCACCACCCUCAGACCGAUGGCUAAACGGAGAGGGCGCACCAGACCGCACAGGUUCUCCUUCGCACUC